CUUUACUUGUCCUUUAAUUUCAAGAGCCAGGCCCCAGAGAGUCCGCCCAUUCUACACAACAUCCCAUUUCAACAAUUACCCUUCAGCCAUUCAAAUAAUCGUUUGCCACCCAUAUAUCUAUCCAAAUGUCCACCACAGCCAACAACAACAACCGUGCUUCCCUUCUCGCCGGUCUUCGCACAGGCGGGGUCCGCUCAGCUUCCCUCAACGUUCCACACACAGCUGCUCCAACCGGCUCCUUCAACAUCAACCGCGCACCUUCCUACUCUAACCCCGCUUACUUCCCAGAGGAAGACGAGGAUCAAUUUGUCGAACUCCCGGCUCACCACCACCCCAUGUUCGCCAACAGAGGUGUCCCAAUGACCGCCGCCGUCGAUGGUCCCAACAAUCGCUUCGCUCAGCAACAGGCCAGGCCGAUGAACUACAACAACGUCCCAAUGACGCCCAAUUUUGUCCCUGGUAUGCCCAAUGGCGCUCAGCCAAACCCCAUGCAGAUGCAAAUGCUGCACCUUGAGAUGCUUAGGAUUCAGCAGGCCCUCCAGGCUCAACAGGCCCAGCAAUACCAAGCAGAAAUGUUGGCCCAGGCUCAGCGUCAGCAACAGUUGCAACUCCAACAACAGCAACAGCAGCAAGCCCCUCAGAGGCGCACCAGUCUUGGAUUCAACCCACCUGCCACCGCUGGCCCCAUGACCAACUCCUUCGAUUUGCGUGCCACCGCUAUGAGCGCUCAGAUGCGCCGUGCCAACCAGGCUGACCAGCUCAGAGCGCAGCUCGGAGUCGCCGGUGGCGCUGCUGAAGAUCAGGUUCCCAUGACUGCUGCUCUCGGUGGUCGAUUCGGCAGUCGUAGCGUCAGUCUCAAUGUUGGUCACGACGAUCUUGGAAACGCUCCCCCGCUCACUCCAUCCACCACCGUCAUCAGUGGUGGCACUUCUCUCGGGGCCGUCCCUUCCAAGUCAGACAGCGCUUCUUCGUGGAGACGUGGAGGGAACAACAAUUCCGUUUUGAGCGGCAACCGAACAGUUUCCUCGCCGGCAGUCAAGAUCACCCCUCCCCCUGGUGAAUCGGCUACUCAAACCCGACGCAUUUCGCCGCCUCCCGGUCUCUCUGCCCCUUCGAGCAACGGAACCAAUGCGGGCCCUAAAUUCCGACCUCAGCCUCUCCGAUUCAGUCCUGCUGUCGCCCAACAUGUUCCGGCAGUGACCAUUGACACCACCACGGACGAUGAUACCGACGCGGAUACCCAGUCCCAAUCAUCUGGAUCAAGCGUCAAGUCAUCCUCUCCCACCACCCCUCGCUCUUCAUCCUCCAAUGACAUGCCACUCUCGCCGCGCGAAGAAGCAAGCAAAAAGUUGUACGAGGGCUUGGGUAUCGGACGCCCUGUCUCCGCUGUUGCCGAGACCCAGGCUGGGUACCCCGUUAACCCUGUUAUUUCAGUCACAGCUCCAGCAGUCGCUGCCGUUGCCAAUAACCACAGGAUGGUUAGUGCCAGCCAGCCGACCAGGCAGCCCCGUGGGCCACCUUCGGGCACUGAAGAGCUCGGACCCAAGAACUUUGCCACCAGAAUCAGGAGGAAGGCGAUCGGUGGACUGGGCGUGUUGAUGGAUGCACGAGAGAGGAGAGAAGUCGAGGUGUACUGA